AUGCUAGCCCGAACCAUCUGGCCCGCCCGGACCACUUCUACCUGCCUGCGCCGCUACCACGCCGAACGGCACUCAUCGCUGCAGCCCCUCGCCUGGGUGAUCUCCGACGCCAACCCCCUGCGCGAGCUCCGGGCUACCGCCCUGGCCACCGCGCUCGGCCUGCCCUACACGAUCAAGCGGCCCAAGCCCGCCCGCCUGCCCCCUCUAAUGCAGCGCCAAAUGCUCAGCCUGCAAAGCCUGGUCUCUCCCACCCGCACAGCAUUUUCGCACAUAUCAGAUACCAACACGCAGGCCGACGGUUUGCCGAGAGUCGUCAUUGGGUCAUCGCCGGAUUCGCUGAUGGGCGUGCUCGAAACAAAGGAGCGCAGCCAGGGCCGCUCCUUUAGCGUGUUCUAUGGCCUGCCGGAUACCAAGAUCAACUCCAUCGAUGCCCUGUUGCUUUCGAGGCUGGACCAGAUGAAGCUGCGUGCAAAGGGGCCUGCUCGCGACCAGCUGGAUAACGCUCUGUUUACUAUGCUCCCAUUCAGCGGCAGCCCAAAAACGCCGGCGGUGGUGUCGAAUGAGCCCAACAUUGUGGUGUGCCUGGGGCCGGGCGUCGAGCCCUCUGGGUUCCACAUGCUGGUAGACGAUGUUGACCGGCUUUUCGAUGCGCUAGCGCACCUGCCGACGCAGAACAUCACGAUGGUUCUCUCCAAGCAGCUGCACAAGUCGCUUCGCCGCAAGCUGACAGCACAGAUGCCACAGCACAUCCGGACUGUGGACCUGGCCACAUCAAGCGUGUCGCCGGCCGAUAUACUUGUCAACGCGUCGCAGGUUGUUGUCAGCGCUGAUGACCUGGAUUCGUUGUCACUUGCCAUUUCUCUGCACAAGCCCGUCUACGUGUUUGGCGAGGAGCGCACGGAGGGACUGCUGCGGAACUAUUACCGUCUGCUGGACACCAACAACCUGGUGCGGCGGUUCUAUCCGCGCGGCAGCCGGUCGACGAGCGGAUCUGGACCAGAUCAUUGCAUUUAUUCAGAGUAG